AUGGCCCCUCCCUCCCAGGUCUCGCCUCGCAUACAGGAAGCCCGGGACCUGGCGAAGCAGGACCCCUCGAAAGCCGGCAGCAGUUAUCAGAAGAUCCUCUCCGAGGGCCCAGGGUCUACAGAGGCCUCAUCGCGAGACUAUGAGCAUGCAUUGAUUGGGUUGGGAGAGUUGUACCGGGACGCCAAGAAGCCGCAGGACAUCGCAGAGCUCAUCAACACCAGCCGAGACACCUUUUCGUCAUUUGCCAAAGCGAAGACCGCCAAGUUGGUUCGUCAACUCCUCGAUCUGAUCAGCGAAAUCCCCAACACCCUCGACCUCCAAACCACCGUAAUCAAGUCAUGCAUAGAGUGGGCUAUCACCGAGAGACGGUCGUUCCUCCGACAGAACCUCCAAGCACGAUUGGUCGCCAUUUAUAUGCAGAAGCAAGCGUACUAUGAUGGUCUUACUCUCAUCAACUCGCUUCUCGGCGAACUGAAGCGUCUGGAUGACAAACUCAUGCUGGUGGAGGUGCAACUGCUUGAGUCUCGUGUGUACCAUGCUCUGGGCAACCAGUCCAAGGCGCGCGCUGCGCUGACUGCGGCACGGACGUCGGCCGCGUCUGUUUACACUCCUCCCAAUCUGCAGGCCGGGCUCGACAUGCAAAGUGGUAUGCUGCACGCUGAGGACAAGGACUUCAACACUGCAUUCUCGUAUUUCAUUGAGGCACUAGAGGGAUACAACUCGCUUGACUCGGGAGAGCUGGCCACCGCCGCCUUGCAGUACCUGCUGCUGUGCAAGAUUAUGUUGAACCUGGUGGAUGAUGUCACACAACUUUUGGGUUCCAAGCAAGCCCAAAAGUAUGCCAGCCCACGUCUGGAGGCCAUGAAAGCCGUGGCCCGGGCCCACUCCAACCGUUCUCUGGAAGAAUAUGAAAAGGCUCUUUCCGACUACCGUUACGAACUCGGCAGUGACACCUUCAUCCGGAAUCACCUUCGCCGUUUGUAUGAUGCCAUGUUGGAACAGAACUUAAUCAAGGUGAUUGAGCCUUUCAGCCGAGUGGAGCUGGACCACAUUGCCAAGAUGGUUGGCCUUGACACCCAGCAAGUGGAGCGCAAGCUCUCACAGAUGAUCUUGGACAAGGUAAUCAUUGGUGUAUUGGACCAAGGCUCCGGGUGUUUGAUUGUGUUCGACGAGACCGAACGCGACCAGGCCUACGAUUCUGCACUUAGCACCAUUGAGAAGAUGAGCAAUGUGGUGGAGGGUCUGUACACUAACCAGGCGUCGCUUCUGGAGUAG